CUGAUCUCUCGUCUGGAUGUAAAUAUCAACUAUGUGAUACUGCAUGUGGUGCAGCCCAAAGCUGUGGGUGUGUAUUAGAAGCGUUACGUGUGGUUGGCUGGGAAGGCUUGAGUGCAGUAUAUUUAUAUAUCUAUAUAAAUAUAUUACUGUAAAGCAAGUCUUGGCCACUUCACAGGCAUCCAGAGUGGAGAUGAGCUAACCUGUCACCCAUGGACUAGCAGAUCAGAAGAUACCAGGAAUAGCCACCUAUCCAGAACACAUUAACACCACCCAGAAACAUCUAUCCAGGAUCUCCUGGACUACUUUUUGCCAGAGCAUCACUUCAAGCCAACUAGAUAUCAGAAAAAUCUGGCCACAAAUCCAGCAAGUUCCUCCUGAACAAUUUAAGCUAUCCAUUACAGUUAUAUUUUAACUAGGACUAUCUAUCUGUAACUGUAAGUCAAGAUCUGCUUCAUACCUACAGAGUGCCAUCUACGCAUCUUGGCAGAACCAGACACCCAGCACUCCAGAGCCAUCUGGGCAGUAAUUUAUUACCAACUAAUCUGAAAUAAGAAUCACCCAGCUGUUAAGUAAGACCAACAGUGUUAAGAAACUAGCACAAAACAGCAGCGGCUGGGAACUGACAGACUUGAUCUCCACAGGAGCUAGAAGAAUAUCUACACAGCUUUCUUCUUCCAUCUUAGAGGACACAAAAAAUGUGGCUUUUAGAGAGAAUCCGUGGCACUGUAGACCACAGUAGUGGGCGCCAAGGAGGAGAUUCAGCCGACAAGCAGUCUAAAAGUGGAUCCUACAGCAAUGUGUUGACUCCAGACAAGAUCCCAGACUUUUUCAUUCCUCCUAAACUUAGUAGUGUCCCAGCAGAGGGUGGAGGGGCAGAGGGAGUUUCAUCAGGAGAUGGGGUAUCUUCUAAACCUAACCUGGGGUCAUCUGCUUCUGAACAGAACCUAUCAAGCCGACGUCCUCAGCGCAGUCCCCGUCUUCCUGUGAAAGCUGCUUCAGAGAGCCGCAAUCUACUGAAAGCUGCCAACCGCCAUAUUAUUCAAAUAGAGAGUGCAGAUGAGUGGGCAUCAGAAGAGGACCUAGGCACAAAUGCUGAUCCUCAAUCCCAGACAGCAAUGUCUCUUCCAUAUGUCCCCAAAGCACAGACAUCAUAUGGUUUUGUGACUCUAAUGGAAAGUCCCCACACCCGUCGAAAGGAGUCCCUCUUUCACAGUGAGCAGGGAUCACUCUCACCCUGCCCAUCUCAGUCAAGUUCUCCAAGUUCUCAGAGACGGAGUGGAACAGAUGGGGGUGGAGGAUCUCAACUAAAUCCAUCCGAUUUUGGCAUGUCCUUGAUGAAUCCCUACCGUUAUUUCAGUGGAGGGGAGAGUGAUACUUGCUCUUCUGCAGAGUCUUCUCCCUUCAGCUCCCCACUGUUGUCCAGAUCAGUCUCCCUGUUAAAGAUAUUUACUCCAGACACUCAGUCCAAACUUAUGAAGCUCAAACACUCAGUUGCCCGUAACAGUUCACUUUCCACAGAUGAAUGUAGUUCUGCGGACACCAGUCCAAGUAUGCCUAGGAGAAGACUGAGAAGUGCUAAAGGGGCUGGCAUUGGUAGUGGUCAGCAAGGAGUGCUUCCUCUCGACCUCUUGCAGAAGGAACACACUCUUGGACUCAGCAAAGGUGGUAGUAUGAGGUUGGUGGCUGAGUAUGACCCUACAAAUGCCAGGCUUAGAGUAAGGUUAAUUGUAGCAGAGCAUCUUUUUGACAAACUAUGUGACCCCAAGGGGGUGAAUUGCUGUGUAGUUCUCUAUCUGAACCCAGGAAAGGUUCAUCGUCAGAGAAGUAACAUUAUAAAAAACAGCCGAAACCCAGUCUUCAAUGAAGAUUUCUUCUUUGAUGGGUUAGUUGCUGGAAGUGCUAAAAAGAUGUCACUUAAACUAAAGGUGCUGAACAAGGGGAGCAGUCUGAAGCGGGACACCCUGCUUGGGGAGAAGGAGGUCCCUCUAACUGUUUUGCUGCCCUUUCUUUGAGACUGGGAGAUUAUAGAAUGGAGUGUUAUGUGUGUGUGUGAAAAUGGAGACAUGCUGUUCUCUGCAUCUAAUGUGGCACUAGUAGCGCAAAUAAACAUCAGAGCAUACUCUACAAUUGCGUACAGUCAAAGUGUGGGUUCCUGCAGAGAACUGCAUUUCAGUACCAAAAGACAGCUGCACGUUUUUUUCCUGCAGAGCAUGGUAUUUCUUUCGAAAAAGUCUACACACCCACCAUGAGAAAUCUGCUGAAAAGAGCUUCCAGUGAUUUAUAAGAAAAAAGAAACUCUUGAAAAAUACCAUUAAGAUUACAGAUACGCAGAUCACUUCACUGAAAACAUGCAGAUUGCUUUCACGUCUAAGUCAUGGAUGUCUGCAAAGUAUUGUACUUUUCAAAUUACAGAAACAUCCAGUCCUGUAGAA